GUCCCUGGCGGGGGAGCCCGUCAAGCAGUCUCCGCUGCGGGCGCGCCGGGUGCGGGUCCCCGUGUCCCCUUCCGCGCAGCGUGUUGCAGGGAGGCCCCGCCCGCCGCCUCCGCCUCCACGGUGCAGCACGGCGGCUCGCGCUCGGCACCGGCGCGGGGCCCCUCCACCCGGCUCGGGACAGUAACGGCCGCAGCAACAGCAGCAGCAGCAGUAGCGGGGGCAGCGCGAGGGGCACCGGGCUCCGUGAGCUCGGGAGCGGCCGGGCCAGCAGGCUGGAGCCAUGGCCGAUGGGGGCGAGGGCGAGGACGAGAUCCAGUUCCUGAGGACUGACGAUGAAGUGGUCCUUCAGUGCACUGCCACCAUCCACAAGGAACAACAGAAACUGUGUCUGGCAGCUGAAGGAUUUGGCAACAGACUCUGUUUCCUGGAGUCCACUUCGAAUUCCAAGAAUGUCCCCCCAGACCUCUCCAUCUGCACCUUUGUGCUGGAACAGUCCCUCUCCGUCCGGGCCCUACAGGAGAUGCUGGCAAACACGGUGGAGAAAUCAGAAGGGCAAGUUGAUGUGGAAAAAUGGAAAUUCAUGAUGAAGACUGCUCAAGGUGGCGGUCAUCGGACUCUUCUCUAUGGACACGCCAUCUUGCUGCGCCAUUCCUACAGCAGCAUGUACCUGUGCUGCCUGUCCACCUCCCAGUCUUCAACUGAUAAACUGGCCUUUGAUGUUGGCUUGCAAGAGGACACCACAGGUGAGGCUUGUUGGUGGACUAUACAUCCCGCCUCUAAACAGCGGUCAGAAGGAGAGAAAGUCCGAGUUGGAGAUGACCUCAUCUUAGUGAGCGUGUCCUCUGAAAGGUACUUGCACUUGUCUUAUGGCAAUGGCAGCUUACAUGUGGACGCCGCUUUCCAGCAGACUCUCUGGAGCGUGGCCCCUAUCAGCUCAGGAAGUGAAGCAGCCCAAGGGUAUCUGAUUGGUGGUGACGUCCUCAGGUUGCUGCAUGGACACAUGGACGAAUGCCUCACGGUCCCUUCAGGAGAGCACGGCGAAGAGCAAAGGAGAACUGUUCAUUACGAAGGUGGUGCUGUGGCUGUUCACGCGCGUUCCCUGUGGAGACUAGAGACGCUAAGAGUUGCGUGGAGUGGAAGCCACAUAAGGUGGGGCCAGCCUUUCCGACUGCGCCAUGUCACAACAGGGAAAUAUUUGAGUCUCAUGGAAGACAAAAACCUUCUCCUCAUGGACAAAGAAAAAGCUGAUGUAAAAUCAACAGCAUUCACCUUCCGAUCUUCCAAGGAAAAAUUGGAUGCAGGGGUGAGAAAAGAAGUUGAUGGCAUGGGGACCUCUGAGAUAAAGUAUGGAGACUCAGUAUGCUACAUACAACAUGUAAACACAGGCCUGUGGCUGACUUACCAGUCUGUGGACAUGAAAUCUGUGAGAAUGGGAGCCAUACAACGUAAGGCUAUUAUGCAUCAUGAAGGCCACAUGGAUGAUGGCAUAAAUCUAUCCAGAUCUCAGCACGAAGAAUCGCGGACAGCACGAGUCAUCCGGAGCACAGUCUUCCUGUUCAACAGAUUUAUAAGGGGCCUUGAUGCUCUCAGUAAAAAAGCGAAGGUUGCCACAGUGGACUUGCCCAUAGAGUCUGUCAGUCUCAGCCUGCAGGACCUGAUAGGCUACCUCCACCCGCCAGGGGAACACCUGGAGCAUGAAGACAAGCAGAACAGACUGAGGGCUCUGAAGAACCGGCAGAAUCUCUUCCAGGAAGAGGGGAUGAUCAGCCUCGUGCUUGAGUGCAUCGAUAGGCUGCACGUCUACAGCAGCGCUGCCCACUUUGCAGAUGUCGCUGGGAGAGAGGCCGGGGAUGCCUGGAAAUCAAUCCUCAAUUCUCUGUAUGAAUUGCUAGCGGCUCUGAUUAGAGGAAAUCGUAAAAACUGUGCUCAAUUUUCUGGCUCCCUCGACUGGUUGAUCAGCAGAUUGGAAAGACUGGAAGCUUCUUCUGGUAUUCUUGAAGUUUUGCACUGUGUGUUAGUAGAAAGUCCAGAAGCUCUAAAUAUUAUUAAAGAAGGCCAUAUUAAAUCCAUUAUAUCACUUUUAGACAAGCAUGGAAGAAAUCACAAGGUUCUGGACGUCUUAUGCUCUCUCUGCGUUUGCCAUGGAGUAGCAGUCCGUUCCAACCAGCAUCUCAUCUGUGACAAUCUGCUGCCGGGAAGGGAUCUGUUACUGCAGACACGCCUCGUGAACCACGUCAGCAGCAUGAGACCCAAUAUUUUUCUGGGCGUCAGUGAAGGGUCUGCUCAGUAUAAGAAAUGGUACUAUGAGCUGAUGGUGGACCACACAGAACCAUUUGUGACAGCUGAAGCAACCCACCUGCGUGUGGGCUGGGCGUCCACGGAAGGGUACUCCCCCUACCCCGGUGGGGGUGAGGAGUGGGGUGGAAAUGGCGUUGGAGAUGACCUCUUUUCCUAUGGAUUUGAUGGCCUGCAUCUCUGGGCAGGUUGUAUCGCUAGGACUGUAAGCUCACCAAACCAACAUCUGUUGAGAACUGAUGACGUCAUCAGUUGCUGUUUAGAUCUAAGUGCCCCAAGCAUCUCAUUCCGAAUUAAUGGACAACCUGUUCAAGGAAUGUUUGAGAAUUUCAACAUCGAUGGCCUCUUCUUUCCAGUUGUUAGUUUCUCUGCAGGAAUAAAGGUUCGCUUUCUGCUUGGGGGGCGCCAUGGAGAAUUUAAAUUCCUUCCACCACCUGGUUAUGCUCCUUGUUAUGAAGCUGUUCUGCCCAAAGAAAAGUUGAAAGUGGAACACAGCCGAGAGUACAAGCAAGAAAGAACAUAUACCCGGGACCUUCUCGGGCCCACAGUAUCCCUGACACAAGCCGCCUUCACACCGAUCCCUGUGGACACCAGCCAGAUCGUGUUGCCACCCCACCUGGAGAGGAUACGAGAAAAACUGGCAGAGAAUAUCCAUGAGCUCUGGGUUAUGAAUAAGAUUGAACUUGGCUGGCAGUAUGGUCCGGUUAGAGAUGACAAUAAGAGGCAGCACCCGUGUCUGGUGGAGUUCUCCAAGCUGCCUGAGCAGGAACGCAAUUACAAUUUGCAGAUGUCGCUCGAGACCCUAAAGACUUUGCUGGCGUUAGGAUGUCAUGUGGGCAUAUCAGAUGAACAUGCUGAAGAAAAGGUGAAAAAGAUGAAGCUACCCAAGAAUUACCAGCUGACAAGUGGAUACAAGCCUGCCCCGAUGGACCUGAGCUUUAUCAAGCUCACCCCGUCUCAGGAAGCGAUGGUGGACAAGUUGGCAGAAAAUGCCCAUAACGUGUGGGCCCGGGAUAGAAUCCGGCAGGGCUGGACCUACGGCAUCCAGCAGGAUGUAAAGAACAGAAGAAACCCUCGCCUUGUUCCCUACACUCUUCUCGAUGACAGAACCAAGAAAUCAAAUAAAGACAGCCUCCGGGAGGCUGUGCGCACGCUGCUGGGGUACGGCUACAACCUGGAGGCACCAGAUCAAGACCAUGCUGCCCGAGCCGAGGCAUGCAGCGGCACAGGGGAGAGGUUCCGCAUCUUCCGAGCUGAGAAGACCUAUGCUGUGAAGACGGGAAGGUGGUAUUUUGAGUUCGAAGCUGUCACUGCUGGAGACAUGAGAGUUGGCUGGAGCAGGCCAGGCUGUCAGCCUGAUCAGGAGCUGGGCUCCGAUGAACGUGCCUUUGCAUUUGAUGGCUUCAAGGCCCAGCGCUGGCACCAGGGCAGUGAGCACUUUGGGCGCGCUUGGCAAGCUGGCGAUGUUGUGGGGUGUAUGGUUGACAUGACGGAACACACCAUGAUGUUCACACUGAAUGGAGAAAUCCUUCUUGACGAUUCAGGUUCAGAACUGGCUUUCAAGGACUUUGACACUGGUGACGGAUUCAUACCUGUCUGUAGCCUUGGGGUGGCUCAAGUGGGCAGGCUGAACUUUGGAAAGGAUGUGAGCACCUUGAAAUAUUUCACCAUCUGUGGCUUACAGGAGGGCUAUGAGCCAUUCGCCGUCAAUACAAACAGGGACAUUACCAUGUGGCUAAGCAAGCGGCUUCCUCAAUUUCUCCAAGUUCCAUCAAACCAUGAACAUAUUGAGGUGACCAGAAUAGACGGCACUGUAGACACGUGCCCUUGUUUGAAGGUCACUCAGAAGUCCUUUGGGUCUCAGAACAGUAGCACAGAUAUCAUGUUCUACCGCUUGAGCAUGCCGAUUGAGUGUGCGGAGGUCUUCUCCAAGACGACGGCUGGAGGGCUGCCCGCUGCUGGCCUCUUUGGGCCCAAGAACGAUUUGGAAGAUUAUGAAGCAGAUUCUGACUUUGAGGUUCUGAUGAAGACAGCUCAUGGCCAUCUGGUGCCCGAUCGAGCCGACAAAGACAAAGAAGCUACGAAACCAGAGUUUAAUAAUCACAAAGAUUAUGCUCAGGAGAAGCCCUCUCGUCUGAAACAAAGAUUUCUGCUUAGAAGAACAAAGCCAGAUUACAGCGCGAGCCAUUCUGCAAGACUCACUGAAGAUGUCCUUGCAGACGGCCGGGAUGACUACGAUUGCUUGAUGCAAACGUCCACGUACUAUUACUCAGUGAGAAUCUUUCCUGGACAAGAACCUGCUAAUGUCUGGGUGGGCUGGAUCACCUCCGACUUCCACCAAUACGACACAGGCUUUGACCUGGACAGAGUUCGUACAGUCACCGUGACUCUAGGAGAUGAAAAAGGAAAAGUGCACGAAAGCUUGGCCAUUGACUCGCUGUGUGGCUUUGGCAUCAAACGCAGCAACUGCUACAUGGUGUGUGCGGGCGAAAGCAUGAGCCCCGGGCAAGGACGCAACAACAACGGGCUGGAGAUCGGCUGCGUGGUGGACGCUGCCGGCGGGCUGCUGACAUUCACCGCCAACGGCAAGGAGCUAAGCACCUACUACCAGGUGGAGCCAAGUACCAAAUUAUUUCCUGCGGUUUUUGCACAAGCUACAAGUCCCAAUGUUUUUCAGUUUGAGUUGGGAAGAAUAAAGAACGUGAUGCCUCUCUCCGCGGGGUUAUUCAAGAGUGAGCACAGAAACCCGGUGCCUCAGUGUCCUCCGCGUCUCCACGUGCAGUUCCUGUCACACGUCCUGUGGAGCAGGAUGCCCAACCAGUUCCUGAAGGUGGACGUGUCCCGGGUCAGCGAGCGCCAGGGCUGGCUGGUGCAGUGCGUGGAGCCCCUGCAGUUCAUGUCGCUGCACAUCCCGGAGGAGAACAGGUCUGUGGACAUCCUGGAGCUGACGGAGCAGGAGGAGCUGCUGCAGUUCCACUACCACACCCUGCGGCUGUACUCGGCUGUGUGCGCCCUGGGCAACCACCGCGUGGCGCACGCGCUGUGCAGCCACGUGGACGAGCCGCAGCUGCUCUAUGCCAUCGAGAGCAAGUACAUGCCCGGUCUGCUGCGCACCGGCUACUACGACCUGCUCAUAGACAUCCAUCUGAGCGCCUAUGCCACUGCGCGGCUCAUGAUGAACAGCGAGUUCAUCGUGCCCAUGACCGAGGAGACCAAGAGCAUCACGCUCUUCCCCGACGAGCACAAGGAGCACGGGCUCCCCGGCAUCGGCCUCAGCACCUCGCUGCGGCCGCGCAUGCGCUUCUCCUCGCCCAGCUUCGUGCGCGUCAAUCACGACUGCUACCAGGACAGCCCCGAGUUCCCGCUGGACACACUCAAGGCCAAGACCUUGCAGAUGCUGACCGAGGCGGUGCGGGAGGGUGGCCUGCGCGCGCGGGACCCGGUCGGGGGCACCACCGAGUUCCUCUUCGUGCCCCUCAUCAAGCUCUUCUACACGCUGCUCAUCAUGGGCGUCUUCCACAGCGAGGACCUCAAACACAUCCUGCAGCUGAUUGAGCCCCGGGUGUUCACCGAGGCCGUCCCAGGCGAGGAGCGCCAGGCGCCGCCCAGGGAGCCCCGCAUAGACGAUGCCAGGCCGGAGGGCACACGUGGGGAUGCAGCUGAGGGGCUGCUGCAGAUGAAGCUGCCCGAGCCUGUGAAGCUACAGAUGUGCCUGUUACUUCAAUACCUCUGUGACUGCCAGAUCCGGCACCGGAUAGAAGCCAUUGUGGCCUUUUCAGAUGACUUUGUAGCUAAGCUCCAAGACAAUCAGCGCUUCCGAUACAAUGAAGUUAUGCAAGCCUUAAACAUGUCGGCUGCACUCACAGCCAGGAAAACAAAGGAAUUCAGGUCACCACCUCAAGAACAGAUCAAUAUGCUCCUCAAUUUCAAGGAUGACAAAAGCGAGUGUCCAUGUCCUGAAGAAAUCCGAGACCAACUCUUGGAUUUUCAUGAAGAUCUGAUGGCACAUUGUGGAAUUGAGCUGGAUGAAGAUGGUUCUCUGGAUGGAAACAGUGAUUUAACAAUUAGAGGACGCCUGCUGUCCCUGGUAGAAAAGGUGACAUGCCUGAAGAAGAAACAAACUGAAAAGCCAGUUGAGAGUGACGCCAAGAAGUCCUCCACUCUUCAGCAGCUGAUUUCUGACACAAUGGUUCGAUGGGCUCAAGAGUCUGUCAUUGAAGACCCUGAGUUGGUGAGGGCCAUGUUUGUGUUGCUCCAUCGACAGUAUGAUGGCAUUGGCGGUCUGGUUCGUGCUCUGCCAAAAACCUACACCAUAAACAGCGUUUCCGUGGAGGACACCAUCAAUCUGCUGGCGUCUCUUGGUCAGAUUCGUUCUCUGCUGAGUGUGAGGAUGGGCAAAGAGGAAGAGAAGCUUAUGAUUCGUGGAUUAGGGGAUAUCAUGAAUAACAAAGUGUUUUACCAGCACCCAAAUCUCAUGAGGGCACUGGGGAUGCAUGAGACAGUGAUGGAGGUCAUGGUGAACGUCCUCGGAGGUGGGGAGUCCAAGGAGAUCACGUUUCCCAAGAUGGUGGCCAACUGUUGCCGUUUUCUCUGUUACUUCUGUCGGAUAAGUAGGCAGAAUCAAAAAGCUAUGUUUGACCAUCUCAGUUAUUUAUUGGAAAACAGCAGUGUUGGUCUCGCUUCCCCAGCUAUGAGAGGGUCAACACCGCUGGAUGUGGCAGCUGCCUCGGUGAUGGAUAAUAACGAGCUGGCCUUAGCUUUGCGUGAGCCUGAUCUGGAAAAGGUAGUUCGAUAUUUGGCUGGCUGUGGACUGCAGAGUUGCCAGAUGCUGGUGUCUAAGGGGUAUCCAGACAUUGGGUGGAACCCAGUUGAAGGGGAGAGAUAUCUUGACUUCCUCAGAUUUGCUGUCUUCUGUAAUGGGGAGAGCGUGGAGGAGAACGCGAACGUGGUGGUGAGACUGCUCAUCCGGCGACCUGAGUGUUUUGGUCCUGCGCUGCGAGGGGAAGGCGGGAAUGGUCUUCUCGCAGCCAUGGAGGAAGCCAUCAAAAUAGCUGAGGAUCCUUCUCGAGACGGUCCCUCACCAACCAGCGAAUCCACUAAAAGCCCUGACCCGGAAGAGGAAGAGGAUGACACCAUCCACAUGGGGAACGCCAUCAUGACCUUCUAUGCAGCUUUGAUUGACCUUUUAGGACGCUGCGCUCCUGAAAUGCAUUUGAUUCAUGCUGGUAAAGGGGAAGCCAUCAGGAUCAGGUCUAUUUUGAGGUCGCUCAUUCCGUUGGGAGACUUGGUGGGAGUGAUCAGCAUCGCUUUCCAGAUGCCCACAGUCGCCAAAGAUGGGAGUGUCCUGGAGCCUGAUAUGUCUGCGGGGUUUUGCCCAGAUCACAAGGCAGCCAUGGUUUUGUUCCUUGACAGGGUCUAUGGGAUUGAGGUUCAAGAUUUUCUCCUCCAUCUUCUAGAGGUUGGCUUUCUGCCAGAUCUCCGAGCUGCUGCCUCCUUAGAUACGGCUGCGUUGAGCGCUACAGACAUGGCCUUGGCUCUCAAUCGGUACCUUUGCACAGCCGUGUUACCUUUGUUAACAAGAUGUGCUCCCCUUUUUGCCGGCACAGAGCACCACGCUUCCCUCAUCGACUCCUUGCUUCAUACCGUGUACAGACUUUCUAAGGGCUGCUCACUGACCAAAGCUCAGCGGGAUUCCAUAGAAGUGUGUUUGCUCUCCAUCUGUGGCCAAUUGAGACCUUCUAUGAUGCAACACUUACUCAGAAGACUAGUAUUUGAUGUCCCAUUACUAAAUGAACAUGCAAAGAUGCCUCUUAAGCUGCUGACAAAUCAUUAUGAGAGAUGCUGGAAAUACUACUGCCUGCCCGGAGGGUGGGGAAACUUCGGAGCUGCCUCAGAAGAAGAACUCCAUUUAUCAAGAAAGUUGUUUUGGGGCAUUUUUGAUGCCCUGUCGCAAAAGAAAUAUGAACAAGAACUUUUCAAACUGGCACUGCCAUGCCUGAGUGCAGUCGCGGGAGCUUUGCCUCCAGACUACAUGGAGUCAAAUUAUGUCAGUAUGAUGGAAAAACAGUCAUCAAUGGACUCUGAAGGGAACUUUAACCCACAACCUGUUGAUACCUCAAAUAUUACCAUUCCUGAGAAGCUGGAAUACUUCAUUAACAAAUAUGCAGAACACUCCCAUGACAAAUGGUCCAUGGACAAGUUGGCAAAUGGAUGGAUUUAUGGAGAAGUAUAUUCAGACUCGUCUAAAGUUCAACCAUUAAUGAAACCAUAUAAACUAUUAUCUGAAAAGGAAAAAGAAAUUUAUCGCUGGCCAAUCAAAGAAUCUUUAAAAACGAUGCUGGCUUGGGGUUGGAGGAUUGAACGGACGCGGGAGGGAGACAGCAUGGCACUCUACAACCGUACUCGCCGUAUUUCUCAGACAAGCCAGGUCUCUGUGGACACUGCCCACGGUUACAGCCCCCGGGCCAUCGACAUGAGCAACGUUACACUGUCUAGAGACCUGCAUGCUAUGGCAGAAAUGAUGGCUGAAAACUACCAUAAUAUAUGGGCAAAGAAAAAGAAAGUGGAACUGGAGUCCAAAGGAGGUGGAAACCACCCACUGCUGGUGCCAUAUGAUACGCUAACAGCCAAGGAGAAAGCCAAAGACAGGGAAAAAGCCCAGGACAUCCUCAAGUUCCUGCAGAUCAACGGGUAUGCGGUGUCCAGAGGGUUCAAGGACCUGGAAUUGGACACGCCUUCUAUUGAGAAGCGAUUUGCCUAUAGUUUCCUUCAGCAGCUCAUCCGCUAUGUGGACGAAGCCCAUCAGUACAUCCUGGAGUUUGAUGGUGGCAGCAGAAGCAAAGGAGAGCAUUUCCCUUACGAACAAGAAAUCAAGUUCUUUGCUAAAGUCGUUCUUCCUUUAAUUGACCAGUAUUUCAAAAACCAUCGUUUAUACUUCUUAUCUGCAGCAAGCAGACCUCUCUGUUCUGGAGGACAUGCUUCCAACAAAGAGAAAGAAAUGGUGACGAGCCUAUUCUGCAAACUUGGAGUUCUUGUCAGGCAUAGGAUUUCACUAUUUGGAAAUGAUGCAACGUCAAUUGUCAACUGUCUCCAUAUUUUGGGUCAGACUUUGGAUGCGAGGACGGUCAUGAAGACUGGCCUGGAGAGUGUGAAAAGUGCGCUCAGGGCAUUUCUGGACCACGCCGCUGAGGACCUGGACAAGACCAUGGAGAACCUGAAGCAGGGCCAGUUCACCCACACCCGGACCCAACCCAGAGGUGUCACUCAGAUCAUCAACUACACCACGGUGGCACUGCUGCCGAUGCUGUCAUCAUUGUUUGAGCACAUUGGCCAGCAUCAGUUUGGAGAAGAUCUGAUACUGGAAGAGGUACAGGUAUCAUGUUACAGAAUUCUGACUAGCUUAUAUGCUUUGGGAACGAGCAAGAGUAUUUAUGUGGAAAGACAGCGUUCUGCGCUAGGAGAAUGUCUGGCUGCCUUCGCUGGUGCCUUUCCCGUGGCGUUCUUGGAAACUCAUCUGGACAAACAUAAUAUUUACUCCAUCUACAACACUAAGUCUGUGCGCGAGAGAGCAGCGCUCAGUUUGCCAACUAAUGUGGAAGAUGUUUGUCCAAAUAUACCGUCUUUGGAGAAGCUCAUGGAAGAGAUUGUGGAGCUCGCAGAGUCUGGUAUUCGUUACACACAGAUGCCACAUGUGAUGGAAGUCAUCCUGCCCAUGCUUUGUAGCUACAUGUCCCGUUGGUGGGAACACGGACCUGAGAACAACCCAGAAAGGGCUGAAAUGUGCUGCACGGCUCUGAACUCCGAGCACAUGAACACCCUUCUGGGGAAUAUAUUGAAAAUCAUUUAUAAUAACUUGGGGAUUGACGAGGGAGCCUGGAUGAAGAGGUUAGCAGUAUUUUCCCAGCCUAUUAUAAAUAAAGUGAAACCUCAGCUCUUGAAAACUCAUUUCUUGCCAUUAAUGGAGAAACUCAAGAAAAAGGCAGCCAUGGUUGUGUCUGAGGAAGAUCACCUGAAAGCCGAGGCCAGGGGUGACAUGUCCGAGGCUGAACUGCUCAUUCUGGAUGAAUUCACCACUCUGGCCAGAGACCUCUAUGCCUUCUACCCUCUCCUGAUUCGAUUUGUGGACUAUAACAGGGCAAAGUGGCUCAAAGAGCCUAACCCAGAAGCAGAGGACCUUUUCCGUAUGGUGGCUGAAGUAUUUAUCUACUGGUCAAAAUCCCACAAUUUCAAAAGAGAAGAGCAGAACUUCGUCGUUCAGAACGAAAUCAAUAACAUGUCUUUCCUCAUCUCUGACACCAAGUCAAAGAUGUCAAAGGCGGCCGUGUCCGAUCAGGAGCGGAAGAAAAUGAAGCGGAAAGGAGACCGCUACUCCAUGCAGACCUCACUGAUCGUGGCGGCCCUGAAGCGACUGCUGCCCAUUGGGUUGAAUAUCUGUGCCCCAGGAGACCAGGAGCUCAUCGCUCUGGCCAAAAACCGUUUUAGUCUGAAAGACACCGAGGAAGAAGUACGAGAUAUAAUCCGCAGUAAUAUUCAUUUACAAGGCAAGUUGGAGGAUCCUGCCAUUAGAUGGCAAAUGGCUCUUUAUAAAGACUUACCGAACAGGACUGAAGAUAGUUCCGAUCCUGAGAAGACGGUGGAAAGAGUAUUGGAUAUAGCAAAUGUGCUUUUCCAUCUUGAACAGGUGGAGCAUCCCCAGAGAUCUAAAAAGGCCGUGUGGCACAAGCUGCUCUCUAAGCAGAGGAAAAGGGCUGUGGUAGCCUGCUUCCGGAUGGCUCCUUUAUAUAACCUGCCAAGGCAUCGGGCCGUCAAUCUCUUUCUUCAGGGAUAUGAAAAGUCCUGGAUUGAAACAGAAGAACAUUACUUUGAAGAUAAACUGAUAGAAGAUUUAGCAAAACCUGGAGCAGAACCUACAGAGGAAGAUGAAGGCACUAAGAGAGUGGAUCCUCUGCACCAGCUGAUCCUUCUGUUUAGUCGAACGGCCUUAACGGAGAAAUGCAAACUAGAGGAAGAUUAUUUAUACAUGGCCUAUGCAGAUAUUAUGGCAAAGAGUUGUCAUGAUGAGGAAGAUGAUGAUGGUGAAGAAGAAGUGAAGAGUUUUGAAGUCACAGGAUCCCAGCGCAGCAAGGAAAAAGAAAUGGAGAAGCAAAAGCUUCUGUACCAACAAGCCCGGCUGCACGACCGUGGAGCUGCUGAGAUGGUGCUGCAGACCAUCAGUGCCAGCAAAGGUGAAACUGGACCAAUGGUAGCUGCUACGUUGAAACUUGGAAUUGCUAUCUUAAAUGGUGGGAACUCCACAGUACAACAGAAAAUGCUCGACUACCUCAAGGAGAAGAAGGACGUGGGCUUCUUUCAGAGCCUGGCGGGCCUGAUGCAGUCCUGCAGUGUCCUCGACCUAAAUGCCUUUGAGCGACAAAACAAAGCUGAAGGACUUGGAAUGGUGACAGAGGAAGGAUCAGUCAUCACUCAUGAGCGUGGAGAAAAAGUUCUGCAGGAUGAUGAGUUCACCUGUGACCUCUUCCGCUUCCUGCAACUGCUUUGUGAGGGACACAACUCAGAUUUUCAGAAUUAUCUGAGAACACAGACUGGCAACAAUACAACUGUCAACAUCAUCAUCUCCACUGUUGACUACCUGCUGCGAGUUCAGGAGUCAAUCAGUGAUUUCUAUUGGUAUUACUCUGGGAAAGACGUCAUUGAUGAACAAGGACAGAGGAAUUUCUCCAAAGCAAUUCAAGUAGCAAAACAAGUCUUUAACACCCUCACAGAGUAUAUUCAGGGCCCCUGCACUGGGAACCAGCAGAGCCUGGCCCACAGCCGGCUCUGGGAUGCAGUGGUCGGCUUCCUCCACGUCUUUGCCCACAUGCAAAUGAAGUUGUCCCAGGAUUCCAGUCAAAUCGAACUGUUAAAAGAACUAAUGGAUCUUCAGAAGGACAUGGUGGUCAUGCUGCUGUCCAUGUUAGAAGGCAAUGUGGUCAAUGGAACCAUCGGCAAGCAGAUGGUCGACAUGCUUGUGGAGUCUUCCAACAACGUGGAGAUGAUUCUCAAAUUCUUUGACAUGUUCUUAAAACUGAAGGAUUUGACCUCUUCUGACACCUUUAAGGAAUACGACCCCGAUGGCAAGGGCGUCAUUUCCAAGAGGGAGUUCCACAAAGCGAUGGAGAGCCACAAGCACUACACACAGUCCGAGACCGAGUUCCUUCUGUCCUGCGCCGAGACAGAUGAAAACGAAACCCUCGACUAUGAGGAAUUUGUCAAGCGGUUCCACGAGCCCGCGAAGGACAUUGGCUUCAAUGUGGCUGUCCUUCUGACCAACCUUUCGGAGCACAUGCCCAACGACACGCGGCUGCAGACGUUCCUGGAGCUGGCGGAGAGCGUGCUCAACUACUUCCAGCCCUUCCUGGGCCGCAUCGAGAUCAUGGGGAGUGCCAAGCGCAUCGAGAGGGUGUAUUUUGAGAUCAGCGAGUCCAGCCGGACGCAGUGGGAGAAGCCCCAGGUCAAGGAGUCCAAGAGGCAGUUCAUCUUUGACGUGGUCAACGAGGGCGGUGAGAAGGAGAAGAUGGAGCUCUUUGUGAACUUCUGCGAGGACACCAUAUUUGAGAUGCAGCUGGCGGCCCAGAUCUCCGAGUCGGACUUGAAUGAGAGGUCAGCCAACAAAGAGGAGAGUGAGAAGGAGAAACCAGAAGAGCAGGGCCCGAGAAUGGGCUUCUUCUCCAUUCUGACUGUCAAGUCCGCCCUGCUGGCUCUCAGGUACAAUAUCCUGACCCUUAUGCGGAUGCUCAGCCUGAAGAGCCUGAAGAAGCAGAUGAAGAAGGUGAAGAAGAUGACAGUGAAGGACAUGGUCACGGCCCUCUUUUCCUCCUACUGGAGCGUUGUGCUGAGCCUCGUGCACUUUGUCACCAGCGUGCUCAGGGGCUUUUCCCGCAUCGUCUGCAGCCUGCUCCUGGGAGGCAGCCUGGUGGAAGGGGCAAAGAAGAUCAAAGUCGCUGAGCUUCUGGCCAACAUGCCGGACCCCACGCAGGAUGAGGUGAGGGGAGAUGGGGAGGAGGGCGAGAGGAAGCCCCUGGAAGCCGCCCUGCCCUCGGAGGAUCUCACGGACCUGAAGGACCUGACGGAGGAAAGUGACCUCCUGUCAGACAUAUUUGGCUUAGAUCUGAAGAGAGAAGGAGGACAGUACAAACUCAUCCCUCAUAACCCAAAUGCUGGCCUCAGCGACCUCAUGAGCAACCCUGUGCCCACCCCCGAGGUGCAAGAGAAAUCUCAGGAACAAAAGGUGAAAGAGGAAGAAAAGGAAGAAAAAGAAGAAAAAUCGGAACCAGAAAAAGCCGAGGGAGAAGAUGGGGAAAAAGAAGACAAAGCCAAGGACGAUAAGGGCAAACAGAGGCUGCGGCCACUGCACACGCACAGAUAUGGGGAGCCCGAGGCCCCCGAAUCUGCAUUCUGGAAGAAAAUCAUAGCCUACCAGCAGAAGCUCCUAAACUAUUUUGCUCGCAACUUUUACAACAUGAGGAUGUUAGCCUUGUUUGUCGCGUUUGCAAUCAAUUUCAUCUUGCUCUUUUAUAAGGUCUCCACUUCUUCUGUGGUUGAAGGAAAGGAGCUCCCCGUGCGCAGCUCAGGGGAAAACGCCCAGGUCAGCAGCCUGGACAGUGGCUCGCCCCGCGUCCUCGCCGUGCACUACGUGCUGGAGGAGAGCAGCGGCUACAUGGAGCCCACGCUGCGGAUCCUGGCCGUGCUGCACACCGUCAUUUCCUUCUUCUGCAUCAUCGGCUACUACUGCCUGAAGGUCCCACUGGUUAUUUUUAAGCGAGAAAAGGAAGUAGCUCGAAAAUUGGAAUUCGAUGGGCUUUAUAUUACAGAACAGCCUUCAGAAGAUGAUAUUAAAGGCCAGUGGGAUAGACUUGUAAUCAACACACAGUCAUUUCCCAACAACUACUGGGACAAAUUUGUUAAAAGAAAGGUUAUGGAUAAAUAUGGAGAGUUCUAUGGCCGGGACAGAAUCAGCGAGUUACUUGGCAUGGACAAAGCCGCUCUGGACUUCAGCGACGCCCGGGAGAAGAAGAAGCCAAAGAAAGACAGCUCCCUGUCGGCCGUCCUGAACUCCAUCGAUGUCAAGUAUCAGAUGUGGAAACUCGGAGUUGUUUUCACUGACAACUCCUUCCUCUACCUUGCCUGGUACAUGACUAUGUCCAUUCUCGGGCACUAUAACAACUUCUUUUUCGCUGCUCACCUUCUUGACAUUGCCAUGGGCUUCAAGACGUUGAGAACCAUCUUGUCAUCAGUGACUCACAAUGGCAAACAGCUGGUAUUAACCGUUGGCUUAUUAGCUGUUGUUGUAUACCUAUAUACUGUCGUGGCAUUCAACUUUUUCCGAAAAUUCUACAAUAAAAGUGAAGACGGUGAUACGCCAGAUAUGAAAUGUGAUGAUAUGCUAACGUGCUACAUGUUCCACAUGUAUGUUGGGGUUCGUGCCGGAGGGGGCAUUGGGGAUGAAAUUGAAGAUCCCGCCGGCGACGAAUAUGAGAUCUAUCGUAUCAUCUUUGACAUCACUUUCUUCUUCUUUGUAAUUGUCAUCCUCUUGGCCAUCAUACAAGGUUUAAUUAUUGAUGCUUUUGGCGAACUGAGAGACCAACAGGAGCAAGUCAAAGAAGACAUGGAGACCAAGUGCUUCAUCUGUGGGAUAGGCAAUGAUUACUUCGACACGGUGCCCCAUGGCUUUGAAACGCACACCUUGCAGGAACACAACCUGGCCAAUUACCUGUUUUUUCUGAUGUAUCUCAUCAACAAAGAUGAAACAGAGCACACAGGACAGGAAUCUUAUGUCUGGAAGAUGUAUCAAGAAAGAUGCUGGGAGUUUUUCCCAGCAGGGGACUGUUUCCGGAAACAGUAUGAAGACCAGCUAAAUUAACUCAGACCCAGAUCACCUCU